ACGUUCUGGCUGGGAGCACCAUUCCUUUUUGGGCGAAACCUUCCUUUGAAUUGUAUUUGAAUGCAUGUUCUCGUCCUGAUAUAUAGUGCUCCCUUUUUCUCCACUUCUAGUUGUGUCCUUCGCUUUUCCCCCACUUCUGUUUAAUAGCUCACACUUGUCUCUUCACUCGUUUUUGCCUAGUGUUUAUCGUCCCACGUUCUUUGAAACCUCACAAUCCUUUCGUUUACCCUACCAUGAUGACUAACUUUGGCCUUCCCUUAUUGCUUCUUCUUCUGGCUGCUCACAGUGCUCUCGCUGCCAGCAGCGAUAUUACGUACACUGUGACUUCCAGCGUCAUUGAAAUUAUUCCAGUCACAAAAUACAUUUUUACCACGGACGGAACCUUGACUUCCACUCUCGUGACGGGCACAGGCCUGUACAUCGCCGCCACUGAAACUUCGUCCUCUUCUACCAAAGCAGUACUGACGGAUGUGGCAGUGGAGCCUUCUAGCAAUGAGGUUGUGGAGCCUUCUUCGUCUGCCAGUGCUUCUGUGACUUUGGCUCUGCCGCUUGUCUCUAUUACGGCUUCGCCUUUACCUAUCGAGACUUCCACUGAAAGUUCUGCUGUUAAAACCUCUACUGUUGAAACCUCCACUGUUGAACUGUCCACUAUCAAACCGUCCACUGCCAAGUCUUCAAUUGCUGAGUCUUAUGUUGCCGAGUCGUCUACUGCUGAGGCUUCUUCCGCUCAGACUUCUACUACCGAAAAAUCAUCUGUUGUUUCUCUUUCUGCUACUACUCUGAAAUCUUCCAUGGAGACGCCAGUUGUGUCGUCUACUGAGACAUCGAUUUUGUCCACCAAAUCUCCCUAUGAACCUUCCUUCCCUGAUUCGUCUGUUCCCGUGCCAUCUUCUGGCAUAGCCACUGUGACUGUAUCCGAAACUUCUGGAUGUCCUGCACAAACAGCCUGUGAAGCUCCUGCGUUCACGCCAACCAAGCCCGUGAUUCCAUCGGGCCUGUACUCUACUUCAUACUAUACCACAACCGAGAAGGUUAACGGAGCGUGGGCCGUGGUUGAGUAUGAGGUCUUGAAUACUUUUGUCUGCCGCUAGAACAAAAUCGGGGCUUUUGCCUCUUUCGCUCAUUUUCGUUUCUUUUAUCUAGUUUAGAAUCAAUAGCUUCAAUGGUCACGAUGCGUUUUAAUUAUCACAACAGGUCAAGUAUCUAAAGAGCGGCUCGCUGUGAAACUCUUCCUGAAUAUUGCUCUCGCUUUCUGGUUUUCUUGGGAAUAUAAUUAUGAAAAGACCUUUAAAUUUAAAGUCGAGAAAAACGGAUGUGCUUUGUACGUCCACAGUAGAUCUGGGGGCGUGUUCUAUGUGUUACAUCUAUUCAAAACAAUCAACGU